AUGGCCUCCUCGCAAGACCGCCCCUCCACACACAUUCCCCUCCAGAACGGCCCCGGCGCGACGACCGAACGACCGACGACCGACUUCCAGCCCGCGCUGCCCACCGAGACCGCGCCGGCCACGGAGGUGACCACGCCAUCCCAACAAGCCGCGACCCAGCCCGGCGCGGGCGGCGUGAAGCACGCGUCGUCGGACAAGCCCUCGUUCCCGCAACAGGUAGUCGGAUACGCAAAGGAGAUUCGAGGCACGAUUUUGAAGAAGCCCGAAACGAAGGACUAUGGAGCGAAGAUCGUCAAGGGCGAGGAGCCAUGGCCGCCCGCAGCUGAAGGCUCUCCCGGCGCCGGCGCGCCCCAAUGA